UUUGGCAAGACCCUGAAAAAGAUAUUCAACAAUAUCUCAUAUUAUUAUUUUUUAUUUUGUAUUCAAAGGAGAAAGAAAUGAUGUUUAUCUUCUAUUGCUUUGCUUUCAUUUUAAUAUUAUAUGAAGAGACGAGGAAAAUCGUAUACUUAAAGACUCGUUUCCUUCUCCUUCUCCAUUCCAAUUUCUUUUCGCUCUUUCCCACCUAACUUCCUUUCCUUCUUUGUUUUGCCCUUUCGCCGCAUUUUAAUUUCUUGUUUCUUUGUUUUUCUCACUCUCAUUGCUACUUCUUCUACUGAUUUUGUUCUUAUUUUUGUUGAGUUCGAUUGAUUUCAUCUAAUCUGCAGACCCCAUUUAUUGAAAUCCGUGAAUUCGUCCAGAUUUGCACUGUUAAUGCCUCCAUUUUUAUUUUCUUUGGUAUAUUAAUUUUGCUUAUUGGGGUUGUUAAGCACAUUGUACACUAUUUCCUCUUUGUUUUUCUGGAUCUGGGUAUUGUUGGUUUGUGUUAAUUUAGGUGAAAUUUUCUGUUCUGGCUUCUGGGUUUUUACCAAAACUUCAAAUUACUUCUGGGUUUGUAAGAUCUAUUACAUUAGUGGGUUUUUUUUUUGGGUCAAAAUGGCUUAUGAUCAUUUGGAUCCAUCUAAAAGCUAUUCAGUUGCUUCAGGGCCAGGGUCAGUUUCAAGGCCUGCACCAGAAUUGAAGCUGUAUCAGUUUUUUGUUUUCUGUAUUCCAAUUCUUUUCACUUUCAUUCUUCUUUUCCUUUUCUAUCUCCUUUAUCUUCGUCGACGACGGGCUGAUUGGACUUCCAUUCGAAUGCGAACUUCUGCUGCAGUCAAUAACAAUAACAUCUCUACAUCUGAAGUUGGGUUGAAGAAGGAAUUCAGGGAGAUGCUUCCUAUUAUUGUAUACAAUGAGACAUUCUUUGUCACUGACACGCUUUGUUCAGUCUGUUUAGGAGAAUACAAAACAGAAGAUAAACUUCAGAAAAUACCAUCAUGUGGGCAUGUAUUUCACAUGGACUGCAUUGAUCAUUGGCUAUCCAACCACAACACUUGCCCUCUCUGCCGUCUCUCCGUCCUCUCUCCAUCGUCUCAACCACCGCAUGUUCAAAUCGACGUGGGACUCGAAUCGUCGAAUGAACCACAAUGCGACGAAGCACCUCCUCCACACAGUAAUCAAGCUUGUCAACAUACAACACCUCCAGUGUAAAGGUCAUAAUCUGAGUUCUCAAGGGGGAAGAAUCGUUCAUUGCUGCAGCAAGUAAAAGGGAUGCGACAUUGGACAAUUCAUCAAGAGAAGACGAGAUUCCGAGGGAGAAAUCAGGACGUAAAUAGCUGUUCAAUUGCGAACGACUGACACCCAGCCCGGUUUUUAGAACAGAAAUCUGUAGUUUGUGUAAUUGUUUUACCCAAGUGCUGUAACAUUUCAAGACUGAUUUGAUGAGGACCAUGAAAUUUCCAAAGUAGUUUGUUUCAUCUCCAAACAGGUCAGGAGGCAUUUCCUGUUUUUGGGGGCAACAGCAUUUAGAAACAUGGCUUCACCAUUUUUUUUUGUCAAAAAUUAUGGUACCAAGACUUUGUUACUGGGGCCAUCCUGGCAUAAUAGACCCUACAAGGCCAGACAUGUAAUCUAUGAAUUCAUAAUAUAUAAUAAUAAUAAUAAUGAUAUCUAAAUUGUGAUAA